CUCUCUCUAUUCCCUCUGAUUGCUUAGAUACAGUUCAAUGCUGGUUUUUGCUCCGCCUUUUGAAUACAAGUAAGUUUAGCACCUGCUGCUGUUCAGUCACUAUGAAAACUGUCAGCUCAUCGCUGGUCGAACUAGAUUUCAUCCGUUCAUUUAUGUAAAACCUUUAUUUAUUUAUUUGUCUUCAGAUGUAGUUAUUAUUGUUUUUUAGUUUGAUUGAUAAUCAGAUAAUUGAAAACUUAAUAUUUUAGGUGACUCCUUUAUGAAUAUAUAUCUUUUUCACAGGUCUUUAUUCAUUAAAUUUUUUGUAUUUUUUUGUAUUAUUUCUUUUGAAGAAUGAGGCCUAAAUGUGUGACGUUCACCAUCGGGUUGAUUUUUGGAUAUUUGUCUCUUCGCUUGCUGCUGACCUCCAUGUUUUCAGUAGAGCCGGUCUCAGACUUAGUGAGGAAUGAAAAGAAUCGACUUCAUGCCUACAAAGUACACACAGAGGCAAGUCAGAAGAACAACUCUGCAGUGAAUCCCCCUAACGCUACACGGAUCUUGUGUUGGAUUAUGACGGGACCCAGGAACCUGGAAUCACGGACCAAACAUGUCAAGCAAACAUGGGGCAAGCAUUGCCACCACAUUCUGUACAUGAGUUCAGAGAAGACAGACUUCCCAACUGUGGAGCUGAACGUGAGUGAAGGGAGGGAAAACCUGUACUGGAAGACCAUCAGAGCAUUCCAGUACAUCCACCAGCAUCAUCAGGACAAAGCCAACUGGUUCCUGAAAGCAGAUGAUGAUACGUUUGUGGUCAUAGAGAACCUGCAGUACAUCUUAUCCAAGCUUGACCCAGAAAAACCUUUGUACCUUGGUCGAAGGUUUAAGCCUUUCAUCAGCCAAGGCUACAUGAGUGGAGGAGCAGGUUACGUCCUGAGCAAAGAAGCACUGAGAAGAUUCGUCAAAGGGUUUCAAACAGGACAGUGUACUCAUUUCUCCACAAUAGAAGACAUGGCUCUGGGGAAAUGCAUGGAGACGAUGAAAGUGGAGCCAGUGGACACCAGGGAUGUGAAAGGCAGGCAAACAUUCCAUGCUUUUCCUCUAGACCAUUAUGUCAUACGACAACAACCAAGACCUCGGCCGUGGCAUAUGAUCUACGACUACUAUGUUCCAAAUGAGGGUCCAAACUGCUGCUCAGAUUUUAUUGUAUCUUUUCACUACAUUUAUGCUGUUCAGCAGUAUGUGCUGGACUAUUUUACCUACCAUCUGCGACCCUAUGGAUACUUACAUAGAUUCAGGCCUGAUGAAAUUGUGGAAGAUAACAACAAAACUAACAAAGGAGGAUGAGAAGAUGAGUGGAAUGGGAAAGGAUCAAGAAGUGGGGUGAAGUGGAUGAGUGGGGAGGAAAAGACUUGUGAUGGGGGAUGUGGAUCAUUAUGAAAAGGGUCCAGAAGCCACUUUAAUGAGUGUGAAGAGGGAUGAGUAGAAGCACUUGUAUAACACAGAAGAGUUGAGCAGGACAGAGAAGACAGUAAAGGAUAGAUAAGAAGAAAGAAGGUGAGAAUGAGAGCAAACAGAACCACAGUUGUUUGUAGAAGCCCAGUUUGCACUUAACGUCAUUUAGUCAAACAUUAGUGGAGGAAUAAUUAGAUUUCCAACCCACCCUUUUGGUAAACUACAGCAAUGUUUCAUAGCUGCCAGAAAAGGCAGGGAAGCAGAUUAAGCCACCUGGACUCUCAGUCAGUGGCGCAACUACACAUUAUUCAGCUGGAUGCGAAUUAAACUUCUCAACUGCAACAGAAGAUCAGAACUAUGAAGGACAGUGCAAACCUAUUGUGACUUCUCUUAAUGGUGUAUUGUUUUUUACUUUUACUCUUUUCGGUUCCCUGUCUUGCUUUUCCCAGUGUGAGGGUAAAUGGAAAUUUUGAUAUUCUAGGCCUGUUAUUAAUAUCAGGAAAAAAAAUGUUUAUGUAAAUUGCCUCCAUUUUCAUCUGCAAUAAAGUAAAACAA